UACAAGUGUAUUUUCCUCACUGACCCAAAGUGCAUGCUGGGAGAUGCAGUUUUCACUUAAUGUGAGGUCAGAGGUCAAAACACCAAUGUGAAACCCCUCCAAGGUCAGUUUACACUGUGUGUGUGUGCGUUCCUCAGCUGUUGGCUUCAGUUGAGUUGAUGUUAUGCCACAGGGGGGCAGAUUUAUAAAAGUAAGUCCACCUCAUCACACAAACACACACAUUUGCGCUGUAGAUCAAUGCCACUGUCAUUUUAGAUAUUUCAGAGCUGAGAAAGCAACACAUAUUAUGCAUACCACAAGCUACUAUAACACAUGCACACAUUAAGGGAAUGUAUGAAUUAAUGGGGCUUUCCAAUGCUUCUGUGAUACAGCUUCCAAAAAUGUCUUAGUAUCCUCUUACAGUUGUAUUUAUAUCCAUGCAUUUAUAUCUGUGUGUGUGAACAGGGGUGGAGUUUGUCAGAUUCCACUGGAGUCUCUCUUGGAGUGUCAGUUUCUCUCUGUACUGUGUGUUUGAUUCAGUCUGGCCCCUUACCCAUCUCUGGCCCAGUUGCAUUACUUUCAGGGACGUGUGAAAAGGAGAAUUGGAGAUGGAAAAGAGAGGAGAUGUCAUGUUGGGGGUCGAGGAUGAAUCCGGGCAGCCCAUCUCAGCCCUGUCGAUUCUCUCUCUGCUGGAACGCGUGUCUACGAUCAUCGAUGGCGUCCAGGCUAGUCAGCAGCGCAUGGAGGAACGACAGCAGCAGCUCGAAAGCUCUGUGAGUGCCGUCCAAACUGAGCUUGUCAAACUAGCUCGUGACCACGGGGCCACAGCGACGACCGUUGACAAACUGCUGCAGAAAGCCCGUCGCGUGAGCACGCACGUUAAAGAAGUACGUUCACGUGUGGAGAAACAGAACGUGCGCGUGAAGAAGGUGGAAACUACACAGGAUGAGCUGCUCACACGCAACAAGUUCAGGGUUGUUAUCUACCAGGGUGAAACUGAAGUUCCCUCUGUUGCUGUUACCAAGACUCCCAAGGGGGCAGGGCUUGCUAACCUAGAGGUGGAGCCAGAUGAGUAUGACAUCCCUGCUGACCUAUCAUCUGAUGAAGAGUACAUGGUGGUAGAGGAGGCUGAGUCAUCCCGGGGAGCACGUCUGAAACAGAGCGGGUUAAAAGGCAUUGAGAACAUCAAAGCUGCGUUCUCCAAAGAGAACAUGAGCAAGACCCGUGAUAAGACGCGGGAAAACCUCAGUAAGACCAAGGAGAGCCUGAGUAAGACGGGCCAAACGCUCGGAACCAAAUUCAACAACUUGGGUGAGAAGAUCGUGCCCCCUGAGCAGCGAGAAAAGAUACGUCAGAGCAGCGAGAGGCUGAAGGAAAACAUUUCUAAGAAAGCACCCACUAAAGAAUCGUUCAAAAUCAAACUGAAGAAGGAGCGCACUGUCGCUGAGGGCCAGGAGGGCGCGGAGGCAGAGCCAGCUGUGACUCCUCCCAAAGGCAGGAAGUCCAGCCCAGAUGUGACAUACACAGAGGUGGUUACCGAGAACAAGCGAGAGGGUCCAGUAUCAGAAGAGGGGGCGACGCGUAUUCAAGAGGAUUAAAAAAGCAACACCACUGAAACUGUGGAGAAAUGGAUGGAAAAAAUUUAUAAAAUGCAGAGAAAGAGGUUACUGAGUAAGUGGAAGAAAGAGGGGAAUUUUUCAUAAAACGUGAUCCGAAAUGUGAAAGUGUAUAUGAGUGUGUGUGUUGGGAAGCCAAAUUAAUUAAGAGUGCAAACACUAAAUGUGUUUGUGUCAUUUCUGAUACCAUAAGCCACAUGUGAAAUGUAUUAAAAUGUGAAAACAUA